GUGUGUGUGUCAACUAGUUGUUAGCCAGCGCUAGCUACCCAGUUAGCUAGCUAGCUCCUUGAAACAUGUUAACACAGGCGAGAAACAGCUGCCGUUCACCAUGAGAGCAGAGAGAGAGCAGUCUGCCAACCUCGAUGCCAAAGACGACGGGGCGCGUUUACACUACAAGGAUAAGUUAGCCAACGCCAACAAAAAAUGAACGUUUUUUCUUACAUUCAGUGGGUUACCAAUGUGCCAAAAAGUCACACUCCUGAUUACCCAACAAGGAUUAGGCUUGAGUGUGGCAACCUGGGUGCAGGGAGAGAGCACAUACUGGCUCAAGAAUAUGCAAGGACUCUUGACCUCAACUGAAGUGAAUUUAUCCAAGACACGGAACUGUUGUCCUUGAUGAAACAGUCUUGGUUAACCUGCCAUCCCCAAUGGAAGUGCCAUCGUAGACAUACGAUACUGUGGCUUGAACUGCUGCACAGUUUCUUGAGCUACAGCCUUUCGGCUUUUAGUUGAACUUGAAGGUGGAGAUGGGUUCCCAAGCUCUUCAGAUAUUGCGGCAGGGCGUGUGGGCCUCGCUCACAGGAGGCUGGUAUGUGGACCCACAUCAGAGCACAUUCUCCAACUGCUUCCACCUCUACCUUUGGAUAUUUCUCCUGGCCUUCCCCUUUCUGCUGUACAUGGCUCUUCCUCCUAGCUUGGUGAUUGCAGGCGUGUACUCCGCUGUGGUGGCGGUCUUUUUCACAGCCAUUAAGGUGGUGAACUACCGGCUUCACACUAUGUUCGACCUUGGGGAGAUUGUAGAGAAGAAGCAUGCCUCACUCACAGCCGAGGCCCCAAAGACAGAUGAAGGAGAUGAAGGUUCAGGUGUCCAUGAUGGGAAUCAGGACAGGGAUAGUCAUGUUGGUGUAGAGAUGACUGUGUUUCGGAAGGUCAACUCAACACCUCCGGUGCGCUGUAGCUCCCAGCACUCCCUGUUUGGAUUGAACCAGGUGUCGGAAUUCUUGCCCCAGCUAGAGGAUACAGGAGGCACUAAGGAUAUCAAAGAGCUAAUGCGGGAACAUGGAAGCAAUAAUGGGAUUGUUACGUCAGCUCACCGGGAGAUCCUCCGCCAGAGGUCCCAGGACACCAUUCGGGGUCCCAGUGUGGUUCAGUCCUGCAUUGCCGCUGCUCUGGGAGGAGAUUUCCCAGGUCUCAUUGGAGUAUCUGGAAUGUCAGCUGGAUUUGGAGAACCUGGAGUCUGCUUGUCAAUCCCGCCUUCACCCUCCAGUCAAGAAGAUGGAGGCGAGAAAGAACAAUUGCAGGAAGUGGAGGAGUUACCAGAACAACUGUCUCAACAGAGUCCUGAGGACAAUGGGUUGGGGGCCUAUUCUCCCCUUGGCCCCUCUGCUGAAUCUGGGAGCCUGGGGGAUACUCCCCUUAGCCCCCUUAUAAAGAGCAGCUUGAGUGAGGAGCUGAGUGAAAAUCUACUGGGUUUAGGCCUUGACCCUGUGGCGUUUGCACCCGGGACUGAGCACCCAGGCAGCCGCAGUGGGGUAGCACUAGCUGCCGGAUCCACGGACAGCUGUUUCAGUGCAGGUGGAGCCACCACAGACCGUGAGACCCUAAGCACGGUUAGCAGUUACCGCAGUGAAAAGACUGAUUCCACUCAGUUGGAAAGUCCUUCAUUCAGCCGGCCAGGGCAUGCGGAUGGACAGGCUUCUGCCUCAGCACCAGCAAUAGGUUCUAACAUCCUGAAGCGCUCAGAGGAUCCAGUGGGAGAGGGCGACAGUGAUACUGACAACCUUUCAGACAGUGUGCUGCUGCGCUCCCCUUCCAAAGACUUCUCCCUCAGCCAGGGGCUAGACAGGACACUUGUUGAAGGAGACGAUUUAUCCCCCGUACCCUGUGACAUUACACAGCCCCGUCCUCUCCAGAACUCUUCCCCUUCAAGUAGCGGACGCUCAGAGGUUUGCGAUUCAGACAGAAAUGUCCCAGUUCCUCCUCUACCCCCACCGCGGCAGGCCAAUUCAGUGCCCUCAGGGCUGGCCCUGGGUCUAGUUUGUUCUGAGCCUGCUUUGCCCAUAUCCUCUACCCCCUUUUUACUGUCUGACCAGCCGGCUCUGCAAGCCCAGCAGGUCGUGCGCCCUAAAGACUUAAAGCUGCUGCGGGCCAGCGGCAGUAGUGUGGGCCACAGGCCAGGCCGAAGGAAAGCUCCACGACGACGAGCUGGAGCAGGAAGCAGUAGUUUCGACUGUGGCUCUUACAGGCGUCACCACAAUCACAGACAACACAGAGAUUACAUCCCGGUGCGCAGCCGACUGGGCGCCAAGGCCUACAGUGAAAGUUUGUUUGAGGAUUCCAGCGACGAGGACGACGGCAGUGACAUGAGCGCCGGUUCUAGUCUUGGCUCGCAGCGCCGAUACAGUUCAGAUGAUGAUGAUGACGAUGAUGACGACUCAAGUUCCUCUACCUCCUGCUACUCCCCGGACCUCGCUAACACUGGCAUUGCAUCCUCGCUCCCCACUGCUGCUCAACUGCCCAAUCCAAGGGAAGGGGAUUUACCUGAAACCGCUGGUCCCUCCCAUUCUCGUGCUGCUCAGCGCUCUUCUAGCACUGCUAGUGCCAAGACUCAUGCAAGAGUGCUAAGUAUGGAUGAUGCAGGGGGAGGCCAGGGCAACACAGCGGCUUUGCCCUCUACUCUGAUUACGAUGCCCUCCACUUCCACCCCUGCACCCCGCACCCUCACCAUCUCUAAGUCUGAUCUGGAAGCCCGCAACAUCCAUACCGACAGCUUCCCUGGGACGCAUCAUCAUCGGCUGGAUUCUCUUGGAGGCUCCUGGACUGGCAACCAGAUGGGCUGGAGGGCAGAAGAGCUGGUUGAAGAGGGAGCUGUGGGAGGAGCCAUGGACCCAGAGGAUGGAGGCAAACACGACUCAGUGAGCAGUGUUAAGAGGACCCAGGCCAUCCGCAGGAGACACAAUGCUGGGAGCAACCCUACACCUCCCCCGUCCACCAUGGGCUCCCCUCCCAGCCUUCAGGACCUCCAGCGGGCUCGGACCUCCUCUCAUUCACGGACCCGCACACUUCCCUCAGCCUUACAGUUCGCCUCCUCACUUCUACUGCCCCGAAGUGGCAUCCAUGAGGCCUCCACCUUCGACGACACAACAGAGGGGGCAGUGCACUAUUUCUAUGACGAGAGUGGAGUGAAGAGGUCCUACACAUUUGGACCUGCUGGAGGUGGCUAUGAAGACCCAGUUCAGGAAAGGGAGAGACAAUCCCAGUCCUCGAGCUUCACCUCCACCGAGGUCCAGGAAGGGGCUCCAGUCCUGUCCAUGCUGCAGCCAAGACCUGUGGUUUUACAGGGCAUGCAGGUGCGCAGAGUGCCUCUGGAAAUGCCUGAGUUUGAUCUGGAUCACGAGUCUCUACAAGAGUCCCAGGAAAACACUCUGAUGAUCGAGGAGAAAGCAAAACCCAAACAGUACUAUCGCUUUUGGGUGCUGCCCGGAAAGUGGCUGAGGGUUCGAUAUGAUCGACUGGCUCUCCUGGCCUUAUUGGACAGGAACCGCCGUGUGGGAGAGAAUGUGUUUGCUGUGGUGCUGGCCAGUCUGGUGGCCUUCCUGGGGUUCCUACUGCUGCUCCAGGACUUUUUCAGGGACAUCUGGGUCUUCCAGUUCUGCCUGGUCAUUGCUAGCUGCCAGUACUCUUUGCUAAAGAGUGUACAACCUGAUGCAGCUUCUCCCAUGCAUGGCCAUAACUGGAUCAUUGUGUACAGUCGACCGGUCUACUUCUGCUUGUGCUGUGUGAUGAUCUGGAUCUUUGACCUAUCCGGGCGCUCUGGCAGCCUGCAACCGUUCACCCUCUAUGGGGUCACCUUCUUCUCUGGACAUUUCCUGCUCUGUGUCAGGGAUAUGCUCAUUGUGUUUGCCUUGUGUUUCCCCGUCAUUUUCCUGUUUGGGUUGCUACCUCAGGUCAACACUUUUGUGAUGUGUCUGCUGGAGCAGAUCGACAUGCACAUUUUUGGUGGAACUGCCACCACCAGCCCCCUCUCAUCUCUGUUCAGCCUCAUACGCAGCGUGUCCGUGGCUGCUCUGCUGUAUGGAUUUUGCCUCGGUGCGAUUAACGCACCCUGGGGGGAUGCCCAUGUGCCAGUACUAUUCUCUGUGUUUUGUGGUCUACUCCUGGCCUUAUCCUACCACCUCAGCCGCCAAAGCAGUGACCCCACCAUCCUGUGGUCACUGGUCAGGUCUAAAUUAUUCCCAGAGUUGGAGAACCGAACACCAGAAGAACCCCCUGUGGAGAUCAAGGACCCUCUUCCUGAGAAGCUGCGCAACUCUGUGAAAGAGAUUCUUCAUUCAGACCUCGUCAUGUGUCCCCUCAUGGCUGUGAUCACCUUCGCCAUCAGUGCCAGCACAGUUUUCAUCGCUCUUCAACCUGCUCUUAGCUUCGUCUUGUACAUCCUGGCCGGAGUUGUAGGCUUCAUUACACACUAUCUACUGCCUCAACUCCGCAAGCAGCUGCCUUGGUUCUGCCUGGCUCACCCUGUGCUCCGCUCUAGAGAGUACAGUCAGUUUGAGGUCCGAGAUGCUGCUCAGUUGAUGUGGUUUGAGAAGCUGUAUGCGUGGCUUCAGUGUGUGGAGAAAUAUUUCAUCUAUCCGGCUGUGGUGCUUAACUCCCUAACGACAGAAGCUCGAACUGUGGGCCAGAACCACAAAGAGCUGGACAUCUACAGCCGAGCUCUGUUCAUCUCAGUAGCAGGCAUGAAGCUGCUGCGUUCAUCUUUCGGUGCUCCGUCGCAGCAGUACGUCACCCUGUGCUUCACCACACUCUUCUUCCAGUUUGACUACCCACAUUUCUCGGAGACCUUCCUGAUAGACUACUACUUCAUGUCCAUUCUCUUCAGCAAGAUGUGGGACCUGCUGUACAAGCUGCGCUUUGUGUUGACCUACAUUGCCCCCUGGCAGAUCACCUGGGGCUCGGCCUUCCAUGCCUUCGCUCAACCCUUUGCUGUUCCCCACUCUGCUGUGCUUUUUGUUCAGGCCAUCUUUUCUGCAAUCUUUUCUACCCCUCUCAAUCCUGUCCUCGGCAGUGCAGUGUUUGUCACCUCGUACACCAGACCUGUUAAGUUCUGGGAGAGAGACUACAACACCAAGCGUGUUGAUCAUUCCAACACCAGACUUGCCACCCAGUUAGACCGCAACCCAGGUGCUGAUGACAACAAUCUGAACUCAAUUUUCUACGAGCACUUGACGCGCUCUCUGCAGCACAGCCUGUGUGGAGACCUGCUGCUUGGCCGCUGGGGCAACUACACCACAGGCGACUGCUUCAUCCUCGCCUCAGACUACCUCAACGCUCUGGUGCACAUAGUCGAGAUUGGCAACGGCCUGGUCACCUUCCAGCUGAGGGGUCUCGAGUUCAGAGGUACCUACUGUCAGCAGAGGGAGGUAGAGGCCAUCACAGAAGGGGUCGAGGAGGAUGAGGGCUGCUGCUGCUGUGAACCCGGUCACCUUCCCCACAUGCUGUCAUUCAAUGCUGCCUUCGGACAGCGCUGGCUGGCUUGGGAGGUGGCCGCCACCAAGUACGUUCUCGAGGGCUACAGUAUCAGCGACAACAAUGCAGCCUCGAUGUUGCAAGUAUUCGACCUCCGCAAGAUCCUCAUCACAUACUAUGUCAAGAGCAUCAUCUACUAUGUGAGUCGAUCUGCUAAGAUGGAUGAGUGGCUGACCAAUGAGACGAUCCAGGAGGCUCUACGGCCUUGUCUCGGAUCCAACUACGUAGACAGUGACCCCACCUUCAACCUGAACAUCGAUGAAGACUACGACCACAGGGCCUCAGGCAUUACCUCCUCCUCGUUCUGUAUGGUUUACCUGGACUGGAUUCAGUAUUGCAACAGCCGGCGUCAAACGCCGGUGACGUGCGAAAGAGAUUCUCCUCUUGUCAACCUCUGUUUCGGGCUGUGUAUCCUGGGCAGACGAGCUCUGGGCACGGCCUCCCACAGCAUGUCUGCAAGCUUGGAGCCGUUUCUCUAUGGCCUCCAUGCACUCUUCAAGGGAGACUUCCGCAUCACGUCUCCCAGGGAUGAAUGGGUGUUUGCGGAUAUGGACCUGCUGAACCGAGUUGUGGCACCAGGAGUGCGGAUGUCUCUCAAGUUGCAUCAGGACCACUUCACGUCUCCAGAUGAGUAUGAGGAUCCAAUGGUUCUGUAUGACGCCAUCACUGCCAAUGAGGAGAAGAUGUUGAUAUCUCACGAGGGUGACCCCGUGUGGCGCAGCGCUAUUCUAGCAAACAUGCCUUCCCUGCUGGCAUUGCGCCACAUCAUGGAUGACGGCAGCGACGAGUACAAGAUCAUCAUGCUUAACAAGAGGUUCCUCAGCUUCAGAGUCAUCAAGGUGAACAGAGAGUGUGUGCGUGGGCUGUGGGCGGGGCAACAACAGGAGCUGGUUUUCCUGCGCAACCGUAACCCAGAGCGUGGCAGCAUUCAAAACGCCAAACAGGCCCUAAGGAACAUGAUCAACUCCUCGUGUGACCAGCCCAUCGGCUACCCCAUCUACGUGUCCCCCCUCACCACCUCCUACGCCGGGGGCCACAGCCAGCUCCGGUCUGUGUGGGGAGGGCCUGUCAGCCCACACAACAUCUACACCUGGCUCAUCAGUAGCUGGGACAGGUUACAGAAAGGUUGUGGUGCGGGCUGUAACAGCGGAGGAAACAUUGAGGACUCCGACUGUGGAGGCGGCUCCACCUCCAUCUCCACCAACCCAGCCGUUCACACCACCCAGAGUACACCCGCCUCCAGCCUUCCACAGUCACACAUCACCACUGUCCAGCCCUUCAUGGGUACAGACAACCCUGUAGGUCCAACCCAGAGCUGGCCUCACCACCCUCAACCUCUCCCAUUAGCUCUGCUCAGCCAGUCAGAGGGCAGGAUGGAGGCAGGACUGCUCACAUCCCUACAGCGGACGUCCUCCAUCCAGGGUCUCCUGGGCCAGCAGCUGUCCAGCUCCCAGCUCUCCUUCAGCAGCUCUGUGGCUCCACCUUCUCUUGCUGGCCCAGAGCGCUUCUGCCCAGCGAGCCUCCUUGAGAACUCUGGUCACAGAGCGGGCCAGCGGGCUGGCCUCGGCCAUGGCAGCGGACUACACUAUGAGAGCCACUUUAGCAAGUGGAGUUUUUCAGGCAGAAAGGGCUUUAAUGGACCAGCUGCAGUGGAGGGGGAAGGAGGAACAGUACAGACCAUACGCACACAGCCUACUCCUCCUGCACCCCUACAAGAGACCAGUCUGACCCAUGAUCCUCUGGGAGCUGCUCAGAUGAUGGAUCCAACCCUGCUGACUGUAGGGGACCCCCCCACCCCCCGAGAGGAAUCCACAGAGCUGCCUUUACUCGAUCACCUGCGCUGAGUCUGCACUGGGAAACCCCGAAGUGACAUGCUUUGCAGGGAAAGCACACCGCAUUUGAAUCUGGACUGCCCAGACCAGACCAGACUCAUUCCACCUUCUGGACUCAUUCCAUCAACCCUCAUUUAACUUAUUCAGUGGGAACUCCCAACGGCCCCUGACAACACUGGCUGGAUUUGGUUAUAUGCUCAUUUCCCGUCUACUUGUCAGCCAGAGGAGUUGAUCAUCGGAUAGCUUGCUGAACUGAUGCUCGUCAGCUCAUGAAAGGAUUUCAGCAAACCUGUUCACUCCAAAGUCAGCUUCCAACAUGGCUCCUGAUAAUAUUCUCAAUCUCAACUUUGUUUUCAGACAAAGGCACUCAGUGACUCUAUGGAGACCUUGUGGUUGGAACAGUAGUGAAAGGCCAGUGCAAUUAUAAGGGAUAUUUUUGCGUGAGGAUUGAUUAUUUUUCUAUACUUGAGAAUAGAAAAUCGCCUCUAACUUUUUUUCUUACUUGACAUCUGCGGCAGUUUUUUUUUUUUUUGUUUGUUUUUUGCGUAAGCAAUCAAAAAAAACAAAAAACAUUACUGCUGUAUGUGCAAGUGAAGGAUAUGUGGAAACCAUGAUAAGCCUUGUUUUGUUUUUCCCAAUUUCACCUUCCUCACCGGACCUACAGUUUAGUGUCAAACAGUGUUUAACAGUACACAAUUUCUGGAGCCUCCGCUUCUUCUUCUUCUUCCCUGCACAUUAUACAUAUUCAACAAGAAAGAAAAAAAAAACCACACCCUAGCAUAAUCAUCCUUUUCCUCUGGUGUAUUUCCUACAGAGGUGCCUGACAACAUCAACUCUCAACAGUUCUCUCUUGGAGCAAGUUUCAGGGGUAAAAACGAAACCUCCCUUCCGUCCCAUCCAAAAAUGUGGUGCUUUAACCGCUAGUUUACAUUCUAUUUAGGCCUGGACUCGAGUCCUGCAUCUGACUAGCGACACGGAGGAGUGGGAAGACUUUGGACAGAGCUGGUGCCCAUUGAUCAGGAUCAAGCGGAGGGCGAUUCCAAUCUUUCGAAAUUGUGUUGAUCACAAACCUACAAACUAGGAGUGUUAUAAACUUAAAGCCUUUUUUUGGUGAGUGGAAUGUUCUAUUUUAAUACUUUACUUGAAGAAUCACGAGUUCCUCUGUGUUUAAGGUGCACCAAGUUUAUUUUCUUUGGAUGACGGAUCAAUGACGCCCUCUCCGAUCAGAUCCACUCAGCUCAUGACUUUCUCACUAUAAGGGACCCAGGCUGCUUUGUGUUGGGAGCUCUGUUUCUUUGCUGCAGUAUGGCCCUCCUGUUACUAUACUACUGCUUCUGCAUCUCCUGCUACUACUAAUAUACCCACUACUACUGCUGUUUCUACAACAGUCAAAUCCAGCGUUUUAGUUGGAAAUAAACAAAGUUUAAUAAAUAGUCAAAGCAAAGGUGGAAUAUUUAUUUGAUUAAUAUUGUCUCACAGAUAUCUUUAACUGCGUUUGUCAAUAUGGUGUGAUGUAUUGAAUUGGAAAUAUGCCUUCUGUCAACUGCACCCCGACCCCUCCCUCAAUUUGUUUGGUGUCAUCACAUUUGUAUCAUCUCACCAAUGGCUGUCUUUUUUUUUUUUUUUUUUUUUUUUUUUUUGUAAUACAGUAUAACUGGAAGUAUUCCUGAUAAGUUACUUUAAGUUUGUUUCUUUCCCACUCUUGCACUUUUUUUUUUUUUUUUUUUUCCACCACUGUGAAAAUAAAAUCGAAACACUGAUUCAGGGUUGAAGCAAAAAAAAAAAAAAAUCUGGCAUUCCGACAGAAUUCGGCCCUAAACGCUUCCCUGCAUCCAGUGGCGUGGGCCCCUGAUGUUGUCUGCAGUGGUUGAAUGAUUCUGAAAUAAUAUUGUGGAAUAGCAUUAAUCGUUUUCUCACCAAAUAUCUCUUAGAAGCGGUGUUCUCCUCUUGGAAACUUGAAAAGGAGGCCAGCGUUCUCAGGGUCUAUAAUGGGAAAUAAAUUGACUUAUUCUUCAGGAAGACUUUUUGUUCAAAGGAGGAAACCCGGAUGGAGGGAAUAAAAAAGUGUCACAAUAGUGAGGCAUGUUGCGUACUGUCAGGGUCACAUUGAUGUUACAAAAGAUGCUCCCCUCUACAGUGUUUUGCUCUCUAUGGGUUACAAUAAGUUAUGCAUGCUGUAAAAUCAACAAAUUUGUUGAAUCACUUUCUCUUUGCAGUGGUGUUUUUCCCCACUAUCAGCUCCUUAAAACAUCUGAACAAGAGACACAGGGUGUAAAAAGCAUUUUAUUUUUUACCUUUUUUUAAAAUAUUUUUAGCAGCUGCGAUAUUUCAGCCGGUCUCGGCUGCAAUAAGCUGCAGCAGGUGGAAAGUGCGUCAGUAUCCCUCUCAAAACAUCUUUAGGAACUCCCUUGACUCAGGAAAAUAGACUUUCUGAUCAAUGCUUUUUCUGUUUUUCUUGUCUCCUCCGUCAUCUUGUAUCCAAAGCAACAGGGAAUAAUGUUUUUUUUCUUUGCUGGGAGUGUGGAAAGCACAAGUUAACGGACAGAUCUGGGUGUCAAUAAAAAGGGAUUUCUUAAUCUCUUAAAUUAUGUACAGCAUGUUUCUUAUAUAAAUAUAUAUUUAAAAUACAAAUCUAUUUUAUUAUUAUUGGAUUUUGGGUUAUUUUACAUUCAAGACACUAUGUUGAGGUUUAGGGGAGGGACUCUUGUGUUUACCCAUCAGAGGGAGAGCUGAGUGGAGAGAGGCACUCUUCACAUUGAAAUGUGCAGUUUGGGAAGAAUCAAAUACUUUUGCACAAAAUGUAUCAUACACCAUCCCACUUUAUCAUUUUAGUUAUAUUUUGGGAGGGGAGUCUUUUAUUUAAGAACUUAAAGUGGAUGUUCAAUGUUCUGUACAGUUUUUUUUAUGUGAUUUUUCUUUUUUUUUCUCUUUUUUUUUUUCUCCUAUUUAAAUUAAAGGUUUUUGUGUCAUC